UAAUCAAAACAAAACAUUAAAGGAAUAGUAAAAGUUAAAGAAGUGAAAUUGUGGAAAUAAAAAGACGCCACUUUUUCUGAUAUUUAACGAACGACUCGUUCGCGCUAUAGCAAGGUGGUUAGAAAAAAUAUCCAAUAAAGAUGAGAGUUGUCUUCCUGUUGGCGUUCUGUUGCUUGAUUGGAAUCACUUUUUCUUACCGUCACGGCAAACGUGAACUUACUGAAGACAUCAAAAAUGAAAAGGAAGCAGAGGAGAAACUUAAAGCCAUCUUAAGUAAAGAAGAUGAUGAGGAUGAUGAAGAUGAUGGGGAAGAGAUUGACGUUCCUGAAGAUGAGGAUUCUGAGGACAGACAAAUGCACGAUCCGCGUCCAUGGAGAUUUCGAGGGCGAAAAUUUAUGCGAAGAUGGGCUCCAGUAAUCAUACGUACAUAUCCUGCUUGGGGUGGUAAAAAAUAAAGAAAACAAAAAAGUCAAUACUUCGUUGUAUUUACUUGAAAUUAUUUGUUUAUGAGAAAUGAACUUUAUGAAA